GAAUUAAAACCUUAGCGUUUAUAAUACAUUGUCGCCACUUGAUAAAGCUGUUUAUUUCUUGCGCUGCGUAAGACCUUUAAUGUGGGCUGUCUAAAACUGUCUGUUUGGAAAGGGUGCCUGUUCAACGAGACUGCUGUUUACUCACAGAAUGGAUUCUCGUUCAUUAUCAGAGAGUUUAAAGUAGCUCGUUAGCGACACGGAGCCGUAUGUGUGGAGCGGCGCCCGCCUCGCUUCUGGAAUUAAAAUCCUAUUGCGUCUUCGCCCUUCACGUUUUAGCCAGAGGCUUGGUGGCUUGGCUUCUUCCUUGAAAUUUCCAGAGUGUGCCGACUAGCUAGCUGCUGCCCCGGCGCCGAGGCUCCCCCAGCGUCGUUUCCUACUUAGCUAGCCAGCUAGCGGCGGCUCGAUGGCGGCGCUGUUCCAGGCCGCGCUCCGGCCACUCUGCUCUGUUUCUCUGUACAUAAGGCGCAGUUUUGGGAUAAAGUAAGACUGCUGUCGCCCCUCCAGGAUGAUCCACAGGACAGUAUGGCCGCUACUAUUACUGUCAGUCCCAGCGAGUACCUGCAGCCGUCUGCUAUCUCUGCACAGGAUUCUCAACCGUCUCCUUUGGCUCUCCUGGCAGCUACCUGCAGUAAGAUAGGGCCCCCCGCUGCCCAGGCCCCCGCCAGCACCCCUCCUUCUCAGCCAACUACACGGCGUCUCCUGCCUAUCAAACCUGCCCCCAUUGCUCCAGCACCUCCAAAAAACGUUGGAUUUCUGUCCGCUAAAAGCAAUGUGAUACAGCUACCAGCGGGGAUCGGUUCUUCCAGUCCCAGUGGCCCAAUCCUGCUAACCAUUCAGAACCCAGCUCGACCUGCUGGUGCCAACAUUCAGUAUCAAGUGGUUCCACAGAUUCAGGGGAGCUGUGCGCAAACCAUACAGAUGUUACCCCAAGGUGGACAGAUCCAGAUCAUCCCAGGAACCAACCAGGCCAUCAUCACAUCUUCCAUGACUGGUCCAGCUCAGACAGCACCUGCCACACCACAGAAGGCACUGGCCAUCAAACCGUCUCCUCAAAAGCAUAGGCAGAACAGUGCCAACGUGGUGCGACUUCCUGGAGGGCUCACCCUCCCACUCAACGUUUCCUCCAGUGAUGGGGGAGCCCAGAUCCUGGCCGAAGGUACAUCUGCCCCAGCGCCACCUCCUGCCAAAGCAAGCCGAAGAGGCCGCAAGAAGCUGGUUGCCAGCAGCCAGCCGCUUCCACAGCCAUCUUCCCCACCCCCUGCUGUAGCGGUUUCUGAGCAGGUGGAGACGCUGCUAAUAGAGACCACUGCUGACAACAUAAUCCAGGCAGGGAACAAUCUCCUGAUUGUCCAAAGUCCAGGUUCUGGUCAGCCAACGGUUGUACAACAGGUCCAGGUGGUCCAGCAGAAGCCUGAUCAGCAGGUUGUCCAGAUUCCCCCGCAGGCCCUUAAAGUGGUUCAGGCUGCUUCGGCCACACUGCCACCCGUCCCCCAGAGACAGCCGGGCCCCAGUGUGCAGGUGGCACCAGCAGAAUCUACUCAGGUGCUAAUUAAGACUCCCUCAGGGGAGUGGCAGACCGUACAGCUGCAGGAGACGACCGUAUCCACAACAGCUCCUGCCCCAAGCUCCAGUACAGUUAGUUUACCCUCAGCUAUGGGCUGCAAGAGGUCCCUGACUGGGGGGCGAAAGGAGCGGACCUUCCCUAAGAUUGCUCCUGCUGGGGGCCUCAUUGCACUAAAUGCAGCACAACUUUCUUCAGCAGCCCAAGCUGUGCAGACCAUCAGCAUCAAUGGCGUACAAGUGCAAGGAGUCCCUGUCACGAUCACCAAUGCUGGGGGUCAGCAGCACCUCACUGUGCAGACAGUUCAGGGCAGUGGUCUGCAACUGGGGAGCAUGAGCGGGGCCCCUGGCCACCAGCUGCAGGUGGAGCAGGCCCUGGCUUUGGAGAUUCAGGGACAGCCCGGAGAGAAGAAGCGUCGCAUGGCAUGCACCUGCCCCAACUGCAAGGAUGCAGAGAAAAGGCCUGGGGAGAUGGGAAAGAGAAAGCACAUCUGUCACAUACCCGGCUGUGAGAAGACCUUCCGCAAGACCUCGCUGCUGCGGGCGCAUGUGCGCCUGCACACUGGUGAGCGGCCUUUCGUCUGCAACUGGGUAUUCUGCGGCAAGAGGUUCACACGCAGCGAUGAGCUCCAGCGGCACGCCAGGACGCACACAGGGGAUAAGCGCUUUGAGUGCACACAGUGUCAGAAGCGCUUCAUGAGGAGUGACCACCUCACAAAGCAUUACAAAACACACAUAAAUACUAAGAAUUUGUGAAAGAAGAAAAAACCUUCAGUGUCUUUGAGUGUGGUGUAUACUAAUGCGUAUAUAUUGGCCAUCAUGAACUGCUCACGUUUGGCAGAGAAACUGAAAAGAUGAUUAUGUCCAACGAUGGCUAGGAAGUUGAAAAGCACCCUUCUGCACCUCGACUGGAAUCACACAGCAGUUCUGGUCUUCGGAAUGGAUGGGGCUCCAUUGUGUCUCUCCCUCUCUCCCCCAUCUUCUUAUGCAGUGAGUUCCUUCAGUCCAUGAAUCCAGCCAUGCUACACAAAUUCUCCUGUUUCGUUUUCCCCUCAAAGUCUGAAUUGAGGCAGCUUUCAAUGCUCCUGAUUUCUUGCAGCCAGUUGUUCAGAGUUGACAUUGGCCAAAGCUUAUACAGCGUUUACCUUUUUUUUUUAUAUCAUAAUGCGCAAAUAGUGGACAGAAAAAAUGGGUAUUGUGAUCUAUGCCGUUCUUAUAUAGUCAAGAUCAGUAGGACUUCAUGGGUGUUGAAGUUACAUAUGUCAUGCACAUGUUGACCCUAUACUUUCCUAUGCCUGUCCAGCAUCUGUGGAUAAACAUAUUUAUGUUCACAAGUGCUGGGUUGUGCUUUUUCACUUUAUUUCCCUUUUAGGUGGUAAUUUGGGAAAGGCCACUUGUAAAUUGUGUAUUGUUAUUGUACAACUCGAAUUUAAAGCUGAUUAAGCAGCUUGAAAGACCUCACUUGAUGUAAUUAUUUUUAGAUAGUGACAAAUUUUAUGAUUAGGCCUUAUGUACUAAUUAACAUUGGGUUACCCAGCUCCUAAAACUCAAUAAGCUUUCUGGUUUGAGAAAAAAAAAAAAAAGAAGCAUUCCAAAGGCUAUACUGGUGAAAACAUUUAAAGGACAUGUUUGCUCCAAUAAAAAUGCAGUAUGAAUUUGCUAAUAAACUACAUCUAAAAGGGACUAAAAAGUGGAAUUGUGUGUGUGUGUGUGUGCGCACGCAUGCAUAGGUUUAUAUGGGUAAAUGUAAAAUACUGGACUGUGUUACCUGCUGGCUGGAAAAAUGUGUUUGGCUGGCUUGACUCAGUGCAAAUGAAGAAUGGGAUGUCCUGUUGUAAAGCGCAGUCUGUUAAAUAAGAAAUUCUAGAUUACCUUUUACACAUGUUUAAAGGUUGUCUUAGAUUAAUUGCACACAGUAUUUAUACAGAUAGUUUCUGUCUAUUCCUUGAAAUGGCUUUUUGUAGAACUUUCAAUGUAUAUGCCAAUCUACAUGUCUGCACUGAUUAGAUCCAGGAAUUCUCUUUUUUAAGUAUGACUUUUUCAGAAAUAUUGGACAGAGAAAAAAGUCUUUUAUCCAGUUGUUGGUCACAGAAUUAGCAUAUAUCACUCAGACUGGGAAGAAUACUUAUGAUGUUAUAGGUAUAUUUCUGCUUUCCUGGGAUAAUUGUUAGUCAUAGCUUAAUACCUUAUUACUGAUCUGUUUUUACAGCUUGCAUUAUCCAUUACAAAUAAGUUUCCUGUGUUUUACACAUUUUCUGUUUUUACAUCCACCCUUGAGGACAUUGUCGGUAGCAGUGUUGCCCAGUUCACCUUUUCGGCCCUGAAAACAGCAGUUUCUUUUAAUUAUAAUUUUAGUGGAGUUAACUUCUCCCUAUUAAAUUAAUUGCUUAAUUCGAUACAUUACUUCAACAUUUAAGUUACCAUUUUAAAGAAGCCAUUAAUGUGGACCAUAUUAGCCAAUAAGGUACAAGGAUGGAAAAUGAUUUAAUAGUAUGCAGAAAUAUCAGUUUUACUUUGGUUACUUUGCAAGGGCAUUUCUCAUUUUUAAAACCUUAGUUUGGUUAUAGACUCAUAGAUCUAAAUGCUCCAGUUUUCUUUUUCUUUUCUUUAAUUUUGGUCAAAAUAUUUUACAUGCAUACACAAAUUUUCAGCUAAGUUGUUUAACCAUUUAUCAUAAUUUUCUAUUUUUGAUUCACUUGUCAAAAUUAGGAACAGUGUUUCAUCCUAGUCUUCACCCAUUUAGGUCCAUGGAUAUCAAGCUUUUUUUCCCCACCAUUGGGCACAAUACAUGUCCUUUAUGAAGGGAAUUUUUCUUUAUGUGAGAUUUCCUCUGCAACACAAGUCCAGUUAGCUAUCCUUACUUUUACUGUAAACUGCAGUUGCCAGUUUGUACAAGAGCUUGUUUAUUUUACUUUUGAUAUGUUUGUCUCUUUUUUUUUAACAAUUCAAACCAACCCUAAUAAAGUAGACAGAUAUUUCUAAUUUUUGGAUUUCUGUGUGGUUUUGGACUUGCCACUUGCAGCAGUACAGCACAGGGAUCAUGGGGGGAGUGUAUAUGUUAAUGGUUGAGGAAAAUGUCUUUGGAUUAUAUAAAUGCAUUCUACUCAUACCGCUCUGUGUUUAUUUUCACCCACCCUCUAAUAUUGAAAAUACUGUCAGGCAUUUACAUUUAUUGAGUUAAUCAUUUAUACUAUAUCCCUGAAUUUCUCACAUCCUCUUAGACCUGCAUUUCCUUCCUGUUCUGGGGUGGCAUGGGUGGUGCUAACCUUUUGUUGGAGCAAACUGUACAAAAUGUAAUUUGAUUUAAUUUAUGCUAUUUCAUUUAUACUAGAAAUGUUUUCUUUGUAAACUGAAAAAUGAAUAACACCUUGAAUAAAACAUGUCCCCUUUUUUCUUUUGC